AUGUCGAGCAAACGAAAUAGCGGCGACUGGGCAGCCCCGCGACGGCUUCCUUCUGUCAGGGAGAAGCUGUCGGGCUUCGUCCGCCGUGGCCGCGGACUGGCAAAGAAGACGACACUGUCGAUGCUUGGUGAGCGAGAGAGGCCGUCUCUUGACGAAAGCCAGAAGGCUUUCCCUCGUGUUCAGGUGCAGGACUUCGGGACAUCGUGUCUUGACAUCGACUUGCAGUCCCUCGAGGCCUUUCGCAUUGCGCCGGAGAAGAAGGGGCAGGAAGCUGAGGAUGAGAAGCCCCCUCAAUCGAAAUCAUCGACAACCCCUAUCGCCGACAUGUUCGCCAAGAGAACCACGACCAUUGAGCCUGUAACGGUCAACCCUUCGCUCAACAAGUCUUCACCGUCACUCCUCGCAGCAUCAGAAACCAAGCCAACGGGAGUCCCCUCGGAAAAACGUCGCCCAGGCCAUGCCCCAUCACUAGCGGCGCCCUCAUCGAACUCGGCUUCCAUUGUGACAAUUGUCAACUCCAGCCAUGCUCAACCGCAUUCUUCGAGGCCCUGGCCGCCUCCGGCAGCGGCGCCCACUGGUACUCAAAGCACGAUCUCAUCAAACCAAAGCAAAACCCAGUUCCGCGAGCCUCGACGCGCCGUAUUUGCCUCCUCAAGGCCAGCCCCAGCUGCCACCCCAGAAUCCACCGCCAGACCCCGCCAGAAUGCUGCUGUUGUUGCUGAGCAGAAUCGUGCGGAAAAGCGCCAUUCGACACCAACUUCACUGCCCUCCUCAAACCCAGCCACGAACAAGGAGCCCACAGAACCAGUCACCUCAGACCGUCGAAGAUCCUGGCAACCAUCCCCCUGCCCUUCCCUGCCCCCCUCUGCCUCAGCCCCAUAUCGCAAUGGCGGCAUCCCAUCCCGCCGCGCCUCGUCCCGUCUUCCUGCAGAUCGGCUCGGCUGGAUCAAGGAGCUCGAGGAGGGUAGGAAAAACCGCCCGACCAUCAACAGCGAUCUCCCUGUUCUCAAGACGAUGCAGGGCGGUGUGGCGGACAAACUCGCCAGAUUCGAGAGCAAACAGAUGCAGACGCAGCUGGCGCCCAUGACGCGUUCAAACUCGACGCGGAGCCGCACAUCUUCGGUCGCGGACACGACUUUCUCUUCGUACGGCAUGGCCACGGCGAGAUCGUCGCUUGAUUCCCACCGCACUUCGUCUGUCUUCUCGCACUAUGAUGAUUCGUUCCGCGAGAAGAUGGAACUCAUUGCCGGGGGUCCCAACCGUGAGGGCACCGAGGAGAAGCCUUCCUUAACAAAGGUCACAGCUAGCUUCGUGUCGGUUGAGAGACGGGCCAAGCAGGCUUGUGUCGAUAAGCCUCAGGAGGUUUGA